AUGCCCGAUCUACUCAAUAAUGGAUCACUAACCAAGUUAAUCUUUGGACGAUGGUACUCCAAACCAAUCACAUUGGGAUGUCUACCAAACACUUUGGCCAUCCUAUCGUUUGGAUCGAACUACAACCAGCCAUUGACUAAGGAUGUACUGCCCAAGUCACUCACAUCACUAUCACUUGGCAAAGAGUACCAUUCAUCUGUUGUCUUUCCAAGCAAACUACAGUCACUACAAAUCGAAGACCUAUCACAGUUGAUCUAUCUUCAACAGUUACCGUCAUCCAUAGAGUCAAUUGAGUUUAGAUUUAUAGAUGUUGGAAACAAAGCAUCAUUCACUUUUGAUUCAAUGUCACGUCAUGUGUCAUCAUCUACUAUACAACGAUUGACAAUCUAUGCCUCUGCUGACUACUCGUGUCCAGAUUAUGCGACCAGCCGGGUUGUGAUGCCCAAAGGUGGUGCAAAGGCAGUUCAACAACGUCUUAUCAAGAGCUCAAUAGGACUGCUGAAGUCAACUACUGUCAAACACUAUCGAUUGCACACUCGUGUAAAGGUCAACAUGCAAUGCUUUGAUCAAGUUGUUGACUAUCGAAUGUUGGAUGAUCGCAAUGUCCUUUGUGUGUACAAGGAGAUUGGAGUGGAGACCAUUGUGUACAAGAUACUUCCAUUAUUGAAAAGAACACCCAAGACUAAGAUCAAAGGUGUCCUCCAGUCAUUGGUAAAGAAGAAUACAUAA